AUGCCACCAAAACACGUCGCCAUUGUAACAUGCAGCACCCGCAUUCCCCGCCUGAACCCCACGAUAACGCAAUACAUCCAUGACGUCCUUGCCUCGGAUCCAACAAUCCCCACGCGCAAAGCAACCUCACCAUCCAGCGAUGCCUCACCGGACACCGAUCCCCGCCACAUAACCCUGACAAUCCUCGAUCUGGCCGCCCAAUCCCUCCCUCUCUACGAUGAAUACGUCAUCCCUGCCAGUCUUCCACCCACGGACCCCACGCCACACUACUCCAAAGAACACACGCGCGCCUGGUCAAAGGUAGUGCGCCAAUAUGAUGCCUUUAUUUUUGUGACGCCGCAAUAUAACUGGAGCAUCCCCGCCAGCCUUAAAAAUGCCCUAGAUUACUUGUUCUUCGAGUGGAAGGAGGUUGAGGAGCGGGUUGAGAUUGAUGAGCGGGAUUUAGAGGGAUGGAAGGAGGCGGGGGUGGAAGGGAUGAUGAGGAACUUGGGAAUGGAGCUGGUUUGUGAAUUGGAUAAGAUACCUGGGCAUGAAUAG